AUGGCCGGGAUGGACCCUGGCGGGGGCAGCCCGGGCGCCGGCAGCUCGCGCUACUUCCACCACCUGCUCCGCCCGCAGCAGCAGCAGCAGCCCUCGCCGCUCUCGCCCAACUCCCACGUCAAGAUGGAGCACUCCAAGAUGUCGUCGCCCGACAAGACCCCCGUGGGCGACGCGGACGCCGGCGGGAGCGGCGGCGGCGCUGGCGCUGACCAGCCGUCGUCGUCUGCCAUGGUCCCGGUCGACGGUAGCAGCGGAGGAGGCGGCAGCGGCGGCUCGGGCGGGCCCACCCGCCGUCCGCGCGGCCGACCCGCGGGGUCCAAGAACAAGCCCAAGCCGCCCAUCAUCGUGACGCGCGACAGCCCCAACGCGCUGCACUCGCACGUCCUCGAGGUCUCCGCGGGGGCCGAUAUCGUCGACUGCGUCUCCGAGUACGCGCGCCGCCGCGGCCGUGGCGUCUGUGUGCUGAGCGGCGGCGGCGCCGUCGUCAACGUGGCGCUCCGCCAGCCGGGUGCGUCGCCCCCGGGCAGCGUGGUGGCCACGCUCCGGGGCCGGUUCGAGAUCCUCUCGCUCACCGGCACGGUGCUGCCGCCGCCCGCGCCCCCUGGCGCCAGUGGCCUCACCGUGUUCCUCUCCGGCGGGCAGGGCCAGGUGAUCGGCGGUAGCGUGGUGGGAACUCUGGUCGCCGCGGGGCCCGUCGUCCUGAUGGCCGCGUCGUUCUCGAACGCCGUGUACGAGCGGCUCCCGCUGGAGGGGGAGGAAGAGGAGGUGGCAGCCGCCGCCGCUGGAGCGGAAGCGCAAGAUCAAGUGGCACAGUCAGGCGGGCCACCAGGGCAGCAGCCGGCGGCAUCGCAGUCCUCCGGCGUGACCGGAGGCGAUGCUGGCGGCAUGUCGCUCUACAACCUUGCCGGCGGGAAUGUGGGGAACUACCAGCUUCCCGGAGAUAACUUUGGAGCCUGGGGUGGCGGCGGUGGCGGAGUCAGGCCACCGUUCUGA